CGUGCCGGCAGCGCGGGGACGUCGGCCCCAGGGCGCUGCCGCGGCCCUCCCCCCCGCAGCCGGCCGCCCGGGGCUCCCGCCCCGCCGUCUCACGCCGCUCUCCGAGGGGCCGCCGGGGUCGCGCGUCCGCCGCCGCCUCGUCUCCUCUCCCGCCGGGACCGCGGUUGCGGCCGGGUUCCUCCCCGGGCACCGGAAGCCUCCGCUGUGGGCGGUAGCGGGGAGCUCCUCGGCCCCCUGCCCGCCCGGGGUCCCGCUGCUAGCGGUGCUUCGCCGCCCGCUCCCCCGAGCUGGGACCGCGGGGCCGACCGGGCGGUGGUACCGGAGGCCUCUCCCCUCCUCCCAGGGAGCCUCGUCCGCCCCCCGUGUCGCACCGCCUCCCGCCGCUACACGGCUUCCCCCCCGGGCCCGGCCGGCGCUGCCCGGCCAUGCGGUGUGCGGCCCGGCGGCCUCCCGACGCCAGGCCGCGGCUCGGGCGCGGCCUCCAGGGUGCUCUAGGCCGGGCUCGCCGGGACCUUCCGGGGCGCCCACCUGUUCCUCGGCCCUUGUGGCCGCCUCCAGCCGGAGUCGUGGGGCCGUGGGGUAUCCCGGGCUCCAGGGACACCAGGAGAGCUUCGACGGUGGCUUCGGGGCUCUGGAGCUGCUCCAGCACCGAGCAGCCGCGGUCUUCGCUUUUAUCCUUUCCUGCAGCGUGCUAAUGAGCUUAUCUGCUUCUUCUGGGAUGUAGUGUGAGCACAGAAGUCGGCGUAUAUUUUACCUUUCUCCACUUAGGUGUUUAUUACUGUGAGAGGACUGCAGAGCCCACAAUCUGUCGGAUUCUUGAAUCUUAGAUCAAGAGUCACCACAGCAGGACGCAAAGGUGGGUUUGUGGGGGCAGCUACAAGUGCGUCAGGCUGAACGCAGGUGUGUGUGCAUGUUAUUCCAGGAGGCUGGGUAUGUGAAAUGGUAUUUUAGUUCUAUUAAAGCCAUACCUGCUUCUGUCUGAGUAAGUGGGUUUUUGUAAUAGACCUGUAUUGAAGUCUUACAGUAGCUAAUAAAGUUAUUGCCAUUUGGAAACGUUCUGGAGUGGCCUGCCUGUGACAGGAGAACUGAAGAAAAAUCACCCUGACCUUGUAGCUUCUUUAGUAAUCCCCUGCGAUGUGCAUUUGUCAUGAGCUGCAAUAUUACAUGUUUCGAGUAACAGUAAUGAAUUAUAAUGGUAAUUGUGGGCUUUUAAAUGUCAAAGUUGUUUGAGUUUGCAGUACUUCAAUGUGGAUCUUGCUGAAAUGUCAGUUAGGACACUUCAUGAAUUUUGUUUGCUCGGAGUUCUCUUUUCGUGGCUGCAAAUUUUUCACUUUAUGUUAGAGCGAGUGUCAUCCUAGUUUAAUAAAAUUCUAAGAGAUCUAGUUUAUUUUAACUUCAAAACUGUCAGCAGCAACGGUUACCCAAUUCUGGUGUUACUUUCUAAAAUGCUGAGGCUGUGCGGAAUUAAGCAGCCAGGAAAUACAGUUUGUGAUGAAUAUUUUUCCCUUUCUCCAUACGUUAAUGUUACAUUAUGCUGCGAACGUGCUUGCAGUUUGGUUUUGAUGAGGAGGACCAGAAAUAACCAGGCAGCUGUCUGCAAGGGGAAGUUAGAGCAUCAGCCAAUGGCUCUGCUGAGCUUCCAACAGAUCCAUAACAUGGUGGCAGUGCUGGAAGUGAUCUCCAGCCUGGAGAAAUAUCCCAUUACCAAAGAGGCACUUGAGGAAACGAGACUUGGAAGGCUCAUCAAUGAGGUGAGGAAGAAGACAUCCAACGAGGAACUUGCCAAACGUGCCAAGAAAUUGUUGCGGAAUUGGCAAAAGUUGAUAGAACCUGUAACCCAGAAUGAACCAGUGCCUAGAGGGUUGCCGAAUCCACCUGGAUCAGCAAAUGGUGGUGCUCACAACUGCAAAUCAGAAGCGCAACUUCCUGCUGUGGCUGGAUCAAAGCCAAUCAGCGAAUUGAAAAGCAGGAAUGAUAUACAGAAACUAAAUUCUCCAAAAACUGAGAAAUUGGGAAAUCGGAAAAGGAAAGGUGAACACAGGGACGGGCAUCAGGGCCCGCCUCCCCCAAAAGUCUCCAAAGCUAGUCAUGAAGUAUUACAAAACUCUUCACCCCCUCCAACAAACGGAAUUGGAGGUAGUCCUGAAAAUUUUCCUAGUCCUGUAGACAUAAAUCUACACGCAGGGCCUGAAAGCAGCAGGACAGAACUCAGUGAAAAUGAUAAACACAAUAAGAUCCCAGUAAAUGCUGUAAAACCUCACACCAGUUCUCCAGGACUUGUAAAACCUUCAAGCACUUCCUCAUUAUUAAAGACUGCAGUGCUUCAGCAGCAUGAUAAAGCGGAAGAAACCACAGGACCGCACCAACCUAAGAGUCCUCGCUGUUCCUCGUUUAGCCCUAGAAACAUUCGGCAUGAUACUUUUGCUCGGCAGCAUACUACGUAUUCACCAAAGGAUUCAAUGCCUAGUCCAUCUCAGAGGUCUCAGUUCUUAGAUACUGCACAGGUUCCAUCACCACCACCAUCCUUGAUGCAACCAUCAACACCUCCAAUGCCAGCAAAAAGACUGGAGUUCUCUCAGCAGUCGGUAACUGAGGUAUCUCAGCACUGGCAGGAGCAGCAGGUACCUUCUGAAAGCCAGCACAGGCAUACAGCAGGGACGCUUCAGCAGCACACAUCUCCCAGCUGCAAAACCAGCUCCCACCCUGGGGAACCUCUCACACCACACAUGGGCUUUUCACAGGACACUUCAAAAAUGGACAGUGAUGAUGCUGCUUCAGGUUCCGAUAGUAAAAAGAAGAAAAGGUACCGACCCAGAGACUAUACAGUCAACUUGGAUGGGCACGUGACAGAAGGUGGUGUGAAACCUGUGAGAUUAAAAGAGAGAAAACUCACUUUUGAUCCCAUGACAGGACAGAUAAAACCUUUAACACAGAAAGAUCCUUUGCAGGUAGAAAUCCCUGCACUUACUGAACAGCACAGGACAGAAACGGAAAAGCAGGAGCAAAAACCCAACCUGCAAAGCCCUUUUGAACAAACGAACUGGAAAGAAUUAUCCAGAAAUGAAAUCAUUCAGUCAUAUUUAAACAGACAGAGUAGCUUGCUGUCUUCAUCAGGAGUACAGACUCCAGGAGCUCACUACUUCAUGUCUGAGUAUUUAAAGCAGGAGGAAAGCACUAGAAAAGAGGCUAGAAAGACUCACGUUCUAGCUCCUAACAGCAAACCUACAGACUUGCCUGGGGUCACAAGAGAGGUCACAAGUGAUGACCUCAACAGAAUACGUGAACAUAACUGGCCAGGCGUGAACGGUUGUUAUGAUACACAGGGUAACUGGUAUGAUUGGACACAGUGCAUAUCUUUAGAUCCACAUGGGGAUGAUGGUAGAUUGAACAUCCUGCCUUACGUCUGCCUAGACUGAGUACAGUUGUGCUAAAAAUGCUUUUUUACAUCUGCAGUUAGCAAAAAUGGCAGACACUAUGCCACUUAAAGAUGGAGAAAGCCUCCUGUCCUGGACAAACAGGCCCAACGAGCAGAGGGUGUGAGGGAGCUGGUUCUCUACAGCUCUUUCCUUUCAAUUCUCCUUUUGUGAAAUGCUGCUACCAGUUUACUAACAAUUGCAAAGGAAGGCAUACGAAGGUUAAUAAAUUGAGUUCAAAACUCUAUAGCGAGCCAGCUAUAAAAAAGUGUUAGUCCCCAAGAAGUGAAGAGGAUUUCCAGCACUUUCUGAAUGCCGGAAUCUUAUUACAGGCAGGUACAGAGAAAAUUGUGGAAGUUACCUUAACAAAAUAUGCAUCUAUUUAUUUGACUUGAUUUGGGUUUUUAUUUGGCAGUGAGAUAUUCGAGAGACAAUGUGCAAAAACUGUAGUUUUAUUUGUAUCACAUCUCUGAACAUGAUUGCGUUUUUUUUAAAGUCAUGUGGUACGGAGAUUGGGUUUUAAACGGCAGGUGUUGCACUGCAGGCUGGGAGACCAGCUUCAGCUCAACAUUCCAUAGGCAUCCACAUAUUUUAGUCUGGUUUCAGUUUAAAUCCAGUCUCUGAGAAAUGCUGCAAAAACUAGAUGUUUAACGAUAUUUUUGAUCCCACCACCACCAGCCAAAUAUUUUUCCUCCUUUUCCCUUCCUGCAAACUUCUAGGAAAAAAAAAAAUCAAAAAAAAAAGAAAAAAUCACCUUUUCUAGAAUCUAAAUGUAAUGAGGGUGCUACAAGUUUGUAACUGUACUGUGAGAGGGAAAAAGGAAGCCUGUUUGUAUGCUGGAAAUAUACUUGUUACCAUUCCUUUAGAUAUUGUUUGCCUUAUGGAUAUCCAUCAUAAACGCAAUUUGCAAAAACAAAGAGCCUUAGUGAAUGUACAGUAACUAGACUUCUGUGUUCUUGGGAUGCAGAAGGGAGCAACUUUGCUAUUUGGUCCUUUAAGUGGACACAUUGUGAUAUAAAUGUGGAAAUAAAAAAAAUUUGCACAA